GUGUGUGUGUGUCUGUGUCUGUGUGUGUGUUUCCUAGACAGAGUUUGUGGAAUGCUGCUUGACGAGACUCCGCUUUUCGAGCCCUCUCUGCUUCAGGAGCUGGACUGGAGCGGCAACACCGUUUCCUUCUCCCCACCAAUCUCACCGACUAAUCCAGGAGACGGCCUGGUGCUCAGGCCGCUGCGCACGGCGGAUUUCAACAGAGGAUUCUUCAAAGUUUUAUCCCAACUUACCCAGACAGGAGAUGUCACUCCGGAGCAGUUUGUCAAUAAAUUCAGACUCAUGAAGACAACAGGGGACUACUAUGUUGUUGUCGUGGAGGACACAAAUCUGGGACAAAUUGUUGCUACGGCCACAUUGAUCACCGAACACAAGUUCAUCCACUCCUGUGCUAAGCGGGGUCGGGUGGAGGAGGUUGUGGUCAGCGAUGUGUGCAGAGGGAAGCAGCUGGGGAAACUGUUAGUGUCAACGCUCACUCUUCUCAGCAAAAAACUGAACUGCUAUAAAAUCACUCUAGAAUGUGCACCCAAAAAUGUGGCUUUCUACCAAAAAUUUGGCUACGGCGCUUCAGAUGAGACGUACAUGCAGCGCAGAUUCCACGACUGAGGACUGCUGCAGCUUUGACCAUCGGUUCUUGGACCAUUUUUGUAUUUUCAAUCAGCACUUAUUAUAAGGGUCUUAAACACCAGGGAAACUUCCUGGUGUUGAGUUUGCGGUUGUGUCAUACAUGAAGACGUCGUCAUCUCAAAGCACUUGAAUAAACUUCUGUACGUUGAAGCCAAGAAACUGAUCUGCCCCUUUGGUAAGCAGGGCUGCCUCAUCAGGGUGGAGUCAGUGCUCGUCUUCUUUUCACCCAAUGGGGAAAAAAAAAAAGCCAGUUACUGUAAACUCAAAGUUUAUUUGGCUUCUUGGAAAAUAAUGGUUGUGUAUAAACAGGAAAACUAAUGUUUAGUAAAACUGAACAAUCAAUUAAAAAAAACACCUAAUUUUAUUUUAUUAAAAACUGAAAUAAAAACCAGCAGCCAGCAGGUUUUUAUAACCAAUAGAUAUAUUUUUCUUUUUAGUCAAUGGGACAAUUACACGGGAUUUGGGUUUAUUUUACUUUUUUUUCUUUAAUCUCUUAGCUUGGUACAAAGCUCUUUCUCUUCAGGUCUUCUGUUGCUGAAUACUUAAAAUAAAAUUCUGAAUGCUACGAGACAAGAAGCAUUAUAAUGACUGUUAUAAUGUUGUCAGUAGGGGGAAAAACAGCAUUUAAAGAAGCAGCGGUACAAAUUUAAUAAGGGUUUUUAAGUUUUGCAUUUGGUCUACAGCUCAGCUGUCAUUUUGUAACUGGAAACAAUUAUAAAUAAUUUUUGUAAAUUAGCUUUUAUUUAACCUUUUGUAGUUGUUUUAUAAUUAUGCUUUUAUUCUGGAGAACGGUAAUGUAUUUAAUAUAACUUAUUUCCAAGUGGGAGCCCAAUAAAAUAUUCUACAAUCA